GACAAAUGUCAUUUUAGAUAAGAAAAAGUAAAUUGAAAAUGUGAUGUACACGUAAAAAUGGACGUUUAUAUAAUAAAUUAAAAAUAAAACUAAAGCACCUAUGUCAGUACUGAUAGUCCCAUCCCUGGUAGUGCAAAUAAUUAAAAGCUCUUUACAUUACCUGAUCAUACUGAAAGAGUACUCAUUGCAAGUCAUAAUCCCGCUACUGAAAUGGUUCCUGCUAGUCUCCUGGUUGACCAUUCAAAUUCUCCUCGUACCCUUUUACUUCGUUUGGGUUAUUUUCUACGUGCCGCUCAAGAUCUUCUACGGCGGGCUUAAACUCCUGCUGGUCACCACCGCCUUGAUCAUCGUUCUACCAUUGAUGACAUUCGAUUUGAUGUUGCAGUACUAUCGGGGAGCUUCCAUCAGGGAGCACCGGUAAUGAUUUAUUAAAUAAAUCGUCGAAGAAAAUUGUUAUGUAGGUAUUAACUUCUGUAAUAAUUACGAUUACAAAACCAAGAGGUUGAUAGGUACUUAUGUGAUAUAACCUUUU